AAGAAUUCACAGAAUUAUAUUCUCUAUCACCUCACGGACGGUUCUGUGCUAAGGAAACGGUCAGGGGAGAGAAACCAAUUUCUUCAUCAUCGAUUGCUAUGGCUUAUCAAGGAGUAAAAGAUUUUAGAUGUGUGAAAACAAAUCAAAAGAGCACACUCAAAGCGGUCCAGUUCCGGCGUUCAGCUGAAAUGGUAGUCGAAGGAGAUGCAACGGAGCCGCUACCACUACUCGAGUGGGACGAAUUCCGCCGCGUUGCCGCCGUAUCACCGCAGCCACCAUGGUCAAUUGUCGCCAUCAGAAACCUCCCAAAACACGAGCUCGACAAUCCCCCAAUCGUUUUCCCUCCCAUCGACCAUGAAAAUCUUCACAUUUCUCCCCAAUCACCUCCUUCUCCAUACCAGAGCUACAACAUUCACGCCGGAAAUCGCCAGAUUUCGUUUUCGGAUUCCGAUUCGGACUCCGAUUUGAACUCGUCGUCCACAUUUUCACCGUCGGAUUCGAGUCCGCCGCCGCGCUCCCCAAUUUCUUCGGCGAGGCCGGCGGAUGCGGCCGGAUGGUUCGGUUUGUGGGCGGAGCUAUUGAAUUCCAAGGUGAAUAUCACGGUGCGGUUCCUCCGCAGUGCGUUGACCGCAUCGAAAGGGGCGCUGUUGACUUAUCGGUCCGUGGCGUUCGCGGCCGUUCUGGCGGCGGUUUUGUAUUUCCGGCGACGGAGGAGACUACGCGGCGGAGAAGAGAGCAGGGACCGGCUCGUUGGCAUGAUCAGAAAAAGAGAUGAGAAAAUCAAUGAGCUGUUGGAUCAAAUAUCGCGGAUGAAUCAGAUGCUGAUUGCAAUUAAAAAAACUCCAACUUCUUAGGUGGUUGCAGAAAUUUGAAGGAAUGAUUUAGUGGAAGUGCUAUAAACAUUGUACAAAUUGUGUUCUUGCUUCUUAUCCCUAGUUAAUCUGGGGAUUAUAUGUAACACGGUAUAUGGGAAGUUGCUUCUUUGCAACAAUAGGAAUAGGAAAGAUCAAUUGUGAUGAUAUACUAAUGUUUUUGGUCUUGGCAUGAAAA